ACGCACAGGCAGUCCUUGGUCCUCAGUUCACUGAAGUGUCAACCUAGCCGGUUUCCUCUACGCUAUAUUACCGGCAGAAAAACUCACCGGUGACACAAAAGUCUAGCGUGGACCGAGAUGGAUGAAUCAUCGGAGCAAACGCGGCCUUUCUUGAGAACAGGUCUAGACGAGGAGGCAAUAGUUGACCAUGGAAAGACCAGCUUCUCCACUCACACAAACUACGAAAAGGACGAGUUAGAAAGCCACAGAGCGGUGUACGUAGGCGUUCAUGUUCCUCUUGGAAGGGAAAACAAGCGGAGGCAUCGUCACCGAGGACACAAGCACCACAGAAAAAGAAGGGAUAAGGAUUCGGACGACGGAAAGGAAAAUGACAGAGAAUCUCCCCCUUAUGACACUCCAUCCCAGCGGGUCCAGUUCAUUCUGGGCAUGGAGGAUGACGACUUGGAGCACGUCCCCCAUGACCUCUUCACUGAGUUGGAUGAGCUCUCCUUCAGAGAUGGCAGCGCCACUGAAUGGAGGGAAACUGCCAGGUGGCUUAAGUUUGAAGAGGAUGUGGAGGAUGGAGGGGAAAGAUGGAGCAAGCCCUAUGUGGCUACGCUGUCGCUGCACAGUUUAUUUGAAUUGCGUAGCUGCAUCCUCAAUGGCACAGUCAUGCUGGAUAUGAGGGCCAACAGUAUUGAGGAAAUCGCUGACAUGGUGAUAGACAGCAUGGUGGCGUCAGGCCAGCUCAAGGAGGACCUGCGGGCGAAGGUGCGAGAAGCCAUGCUGAAGAAACACCACCAUCAGAACGAGAGGAAGCUCAGUAAUCGCAUCCCUCUGGUGCGCUCCAUUGCUGACAUAGGCAAGAAACAUUCUGACCCACUCUUGCUUGAAAGAAACGGAGAGGGCCUGUCCUCUUCGCGUCUCUCCCUCCACAAGCCAGGAGCACCCUCUUCUGCUUCCAACCUGGCUCAGAGACAAGAGUCCCGAGUUUCCAUCCUACUCAACCAGCUCCUGCCCUCCUCUUCCUCCAACACGGGUCGUUCCCCAGGUCCCUCGCCGCUCACCACCCCUCAAAGUACCCCCGCGUUGUUCAGACGUGCCUCCCCGAGUCCCCCGUGCAGUCGUGGAUCAGGCUUUGGCCCUCAUAGCAUCCCAGAGGUGGUGGUAUCUCCCCCCAAUGAUGACGACCCGCCAAAUCCUGCAGAGGAGGAGGCAGCAUCGCCACAGUUCAGCCGGCAAUCAUCCUGUGCAUCCCAGGGGCAUGAGCAUCUGCCCUUAGAAGGACCACUGGUGCAUCCGAACUCGGUCCCAAACUACCCGGACAGUGAUAAGGCAGUGGAGAGGCGGCCUUCCAAAGUAGGGGUCAGUAGAGAAAGCAGCAGUGUCGACUUCAGCAAGGUGGACAUGAAUUUCAUGAAAAAGAUUCCCCCCGGUGCCGAAGCGUCCAAUGUUCUGGUGGGAGAGGUGGAUUUCUUAGAGAAACCCAUAAUUGCCUUUGUUCGCCUAUCCCCUGCUGUUCUUAUCACUGGUCUUACUGAGGUUCCAGUGCCCACAAGGUUUCUGUUCCUGCUUUUGGGUCCCCAUGGAAAGGGUCCUCAGUACCAUGAAAUUGGCAGAUCCAUGGCCACCCUGAUGACAGAUGAGAUUUUCCAUGACGUGGCGUACAAGGCCAAAGACCGAACUGACCUUCUCUCCGGGAUUGAUGAGUUCCUUGACCAGGUGACAGUCCUCCCUCCUGGAGAGUGGGACCCCACGAUCCGGAUUGAGCCCCCCAAAAAUGUACCAUCCCAGCUGAAGAGGAAAAGGCCAUCCCAUCCUAAUGGCACCACAUCUCCGGCUGGAGAACUUGAAAAGGAAGAGGACCACCAUGCGGGACCAGAACUGCAGAGAACUGGAAGGAUAUUCGGCGGGCUUGUACUGGAUAUCAAGCGGAAGGCCCCGUUUUACUGGAGCGAUGUCAGAGACUCCUUUAGCCUGCAGUGUCUCGCCUCCAUCCUCUUCCUCUAUUGUGCCUGUAUGUCUCCUGUCAUUACAUUCGGUGGGCUGCUUGGGGAGGCAACCAAAGGCAAUAUAAGCGCCAUUGAGUCUCUGUUUGGGGCAUCCAUGACCGGGGUGGCGUACUCCCUCUUUGCCGGCCAGCCCCUCACCAUUCUUGGCAGCACGGGGCCUGUUUUAGUCUUUGAGAAGAUCCUCUUUAAGUUCUGCGCUGACUAUGGUCUGUCCUACCUGUCGUUACGAACUAGCAUUGGUUUGUGGACAGCCUUCCUAUGUGUUGUCCUGGUUGCCACAGAUGCAAGCUCCCUGGUGUGCUACAUCACCCGCUUCACAGAGGAAGCUUUUGCAGCACUUAUCUGCAUUAUUUUCAUCUAUGAGGCUCUUGAGAAGCUUUUCCACCUUGGAGAACACUACCCCGUCAACAGUCACAACAGCCUGGACAACCUCACGUCAUAUUUGUGUCAGUGCGCUCAGCCUGUUAAUGCCUCACCUCAGCUCUUGCAGACGUGGAACCAGACAGGAUACAGCCCAGAUUCCAUCCCUUGGAGCAGCUUAAACGUUUCGAUGUGUAAAAAGCUCCACGGGGAUUUUGUGGGCAUAGCAUGCAGUGACCAUGGGCCCUACAUCCCAGAUGUCCUCUUCUGGUCCAUCAUCCUCUUCUUCACCACCUUCUUCUUGUCCUCUUUCCUCAAGCAGUUCAAAACAGAGAGAUAUUUCCCCACCAAGGUGCGGUCCACUAUCAGUGACUUUGCUGUCUUUAUAACCAUCAUGAUUAUGGUGUUGGUGGACUACCUAAUGGGGAUCCCCUCCCCUAAGCUAAACGUCCCCGAUCGAUUUGAGCCUACUUCAAAGAACAGAGGCUGGUUGAUGGACCCCUUGGGAGAAAACCCCUGGUGGACAAUGUUGGUGGCAGCACUUCCUGCCCUGCUGUGCACCAUCCUCAUCUUUAUGGAUCAACAGAUCACUGCUGUCAUCAUCAACCGCAAAGAGCACAAGCUCAAGAAAGGCUGUGGCUAUCACCUGGACUUGCUGGUCGUGGCAGUCAUGCUGGGCGUGUGUUCUGUUAUGGGCCUGCCUUGGUUCGUGGCCGCGACUGUCCUCUCCAUUUCGCACGUUAACAGCCUGAAGGUGGAAUCCGGCUGCUCCGCUCCCGGGGAGCAGCCAAAGUUUCUCGGUAUCCGGGAGCAGCGGGUCACUGGCUUCAUGAUCUUUGUCCUCAUGGGUUGUUCCGUUUUCAUGACAUCGGUGCUCAAGUUCAUUCCGAUGCCGGUGCUGUAUGGAGUCUUCCUCUACAUGGGCGCCUCCUCUCUCAAAGGCAUCCAAUUCUUUGACAGAAUCAAACUGUUUGGCAUGCCUGCCAAGCACCAGCCCGAUCUUAUUUACCUGCGAUAUGUUCCUCUGUGGAAAGUCCACAUCUUCACCUUGGUGCAGCUCACUUGUCUGGUGCUUCUCUGGGUCAUCAAGGCCUCCGCUGCAGCGGUCGUCUUCCCCAUGAUGGUUUUAGCACUGGUCUUCAUCCGAAAGCUCCUAGAUUUCUUUUUCACGAAAAGAGAGUUGAGCUGGCUGGACGACUUGAUGCCAGAGAGCAAGAAGAAAAAAGAAGAUGACAAGAAAAAGAAAGCACGUGCAAAGCUGGAAGAGGAGUCUCUUCUACAUCAACAAGAGCAGCUGGGACUACAGGUCAGCUAUGAGAACUCAAACCGCCUAAACAUCCCAGAAAAGACUCUCUCAGGGAGCCGGGAGAAGGCGGCCUGCGUUAGAGUGGACAUCAGCCCGGACACCCCAGGAGAGAGUUCCACUGUGGAGACCUUCUUGUGAUGACAUCUCCUCCCGCACGACACAGAGCACAGCCGAGGGGCGCCAAACGCACCUGCACACGCGGCUUAACCUGCCACAGCAGGUGAGCGCCACCAGGCCAGGUUGCCGUCAUGUCCUCCUCGUGAACAUAUUCCGCCACGUGUCGUGACUUUAUUGAAAUGUUUUGUUUUUUUUUGCACCGUUUGCGACUCGGACACCAAAGGAAUGAGCCUCACUGCUGGGGAAUCGUUUGGUGUCAUUGCUGAUUUUAUGAUCUUACUUUAUUCCUUUUAGCCUCUGUGUUGCAAAAAUGCAGCCCUGCACGGUAUUUGAAGGCCACAUUACGGGCUUUUAAGUUGAAGCACCAGCGCCAUUCAGGAAACAUCCUGAAGCGGCACUUUGCAUUACACGGAACUAAACAUGACACCUUUUAGCGUUCUCUCUCCUCGGAGGACAGUGCUGCUUAAAAUUCAGAAUUGUUUUAUAUAUACAGUAUAUAUAAAUAUAUAUAGGUUAAAAAUGAAUGCAUGUAUGUUUUUCUACUGUUUCAUUUGUAACGAUAUAUAUAAAAAUAACGACGGAGGCCAUAUGAAGUCUGUACUGUACAGGAAGCACUUUGCCAGCAUCGUUUCGUACCUAAAAUGGAUCACUGUAUUGCUAAUGUUAUAUUUCAAAAGUUGUUUUUUCUCCCAACCGUUCUAAUGAGGUCUUCUUCAAGUGACAUAACUCAGGAAUCUCUUCAGGAUUUCUGACUGCGGGGUCACGCUCUCGCAAAAGGCUGCGUGCGUGACUGUCCAGUGGGUUUUUAGCCCAUCAUCACUACGUCACGAUAGUUCCGAUCGUCCAAAUUUUAAACUUUUAUGUUUUCCGCGCCCGGCCAAGCACGGUGGAACCGUAAAGGUCGCACAUAAUUCGGUUCUUGACGCUGGUGGAUUUCUUUAGAGGUGAAAACAACAUUUCCCCAUAGAAAUGACCGGAAAUGUAAUUCAUCUGCGUCACUGAUUUAGAGAUAUAAGCAACAUUUUCCCAUAUAAAGGAAUGGAAAUAUAAUUAAUAAGUAGGGGUGUCACAAGAUCUCGCGAGAUUAAAACGUGACAAGAUUCCUCAUUCAGAAAAAAAACUGGUCUGGAGCAAUAAUAAAUUAAUUAAUUCAUCACACAAUGAAUGAAAAUGAACUUGACCAUUUUGCCCGCCUCAAUAUAUUGCCAUGUGCACACGUGUCUGUUUCCCUUGUCUCUCGCCUCCAAACAGGCAGGAAGAGGGCACCUUGGCGCGUUUGUUCCAUAGAACAGCAUGAACAGAGUGAGCCCUUUCGUCAGUCAUACAGUCUCUUUGUCCUGGUGGGUGGAGGCGGGGCCACCAGCGCACGCACACAGAGUGCAGAAGAGUGUAACAUAGUCGAAAUUAUAUUAGUAUUGCAAUAUAUUGCUAUAUUUUUCGUAUUUCUUCAUUGUACUUUUCUUACAAGUAAUGUUAAAAUCUUGUCUUGUCUCAUUCUCGUCCCUGUCUCGUGAAGUGAAUGUCUCGUGACACCCUUAUUAGGAAGUAUCACUGAUAUCGGUGAAAGCAUUUUCCCACAGAAAUGAAUGGAAAUAAUGAAUCUGGAGCCAACUGUUUUAUUUCUAAUGAACGAGUAUUUGAACCUUUUAAACCCUGGGACGUUGUAGUAGCAAGUAGUUUUUCUCCGCAUCCGCAUGGAUGACCUUGGCAUCGAAGUAAAAGGGAGACUUGGAUGCCCGCUGACAUCUUUGCUAGUAAGUGUUGUGAAAUGAGGUUAACUGGCGUAACACCAGGCAAUUUUCUUUUCCAAAAAAAAGACGUUCACCUCUAUUGUAACGUGAAGCAAUAAAAUAGCCCCCUUUGCCUCCCAACUCCACUUUGCCACGGCAAAAAUGCGCGACAAAAUGGGUCCGAUGUAGCGAUGCUCCAUAUUGGCUUUUUACCGACACACCGAAGUUGGCGAGCACUUCGUUACCGAUACCGAUAUCAAGUCAUACGACUUAAAAAAAAAAAAAAAAAAAAAACAAUAACGUUGUUUUCACUUUGCCUAGUGCAGGGGUGUCCAAACCUUUUCCAGCAAGGGCCGCACACCGAAAAACAGAAAGAUGUGGAGGCCACUUGUACUUAUACUGUAUAUGCAUACAUAUGCAUUUUAGACUUACAGACAAACAAGCAUUCACACUCACGUUCAUACCUAUGGACCAUUUAGAGCCGCCAAUUAACCUACCAUGCAUGUUUUUGGACUGUGGGAGGAAACCGGAGUACCCGGAGUAACCCCCCCCCACACGGGGAGAACAUGCAAACUCCACACAGAGAUGCCCAAGUGGAGAUUAGAACCCAGGUCUUCCCGAUCUCCUGACUAUGUGGCCAAAAUGCUAACCACCCCAAUAUAGGCCAGUAUAUGCUAACUAUCAAAAUAAAACACCCACGUUAGCUGCGUGUUAUUGGUGACAAAGCUAAUGAGUGUAAUAUGUAACAAUAUACUGGAUCUCAAUCAUAAUGACUUGUAUGUUUAUUUGUAUAACACGUAUAACAUGCAACAUGCAGGGGGCCCAAUCAAAAAAAACACUAGUUGCGGGCCGAAAACGGACUCCUUUGAUGAUGAUGUUCGUUUUUAUUUUUAGAAUAUGCUUCCGGUCAAUCAAGAAAAGGAGUUGCGAGGCAUUUUAAUUUUAUUUAUUUAUUUUUUAUAAUAUGCCAAGGGCCAAUCAAAUCCAAAAAAAAAAAAAAAAAAAAAAGCAAUCUGCAUGCCAAAAAUGGACGCUUGAAUUUGUAGGGGGGUUUUUUUGACAUGGGCGUAUUUUUUAUUUUGCACGUGGUCAAACAAAACAAAAAAAAACAGUUUGGGGCUGAAAACAGACACUUUGAUUUUAAUGUUAAUAUUGUUAUUUUCAUUUUUGUUUUGAAAUAUGCUGAGGGCCAAUUAUAAAUAAAUAAAUAAAUAAAUAAAUAAAUAAAUAAAUAUAUUCCAUUCCAUUCCAUUCCAUUCCAUUUUCCUCCGCUUAUCCGGGUCCGGGUCGCGGGGGCAGCAGUCUCAGUAGGGAAGCCCAGACUUCCCGGUCCCCGACCACCUCCUCCAGCUCCACCGGGAGGACACCGAGGCGUUCCCAGGCCAGCUGUGAGACAUAAUCCCUCCAGCGUGUCCUAGGUCUUCCCCGGGGCCUUCUCCCGGCUGGGCAUGCCCAAAGCACCUCACCAGGGAGGCGUCCGGGAGGCAUCCGGACUAGAUGCCCGAGCCACCUCAGCUGGCUCCUCUCGAUGUGAAGGAGCAGCGGCUCUACUCUGAGCUCCUCUCGGAUAACCGAGCUCCUCACCCUGUCUCUUAGGGUGAGUCCCGCUACCCUACGAAGAAAACUCAUUUCAGCUGCUUGUAUCCGCGAUCUCGUUCUUUCGGUCAUGACCCAAAGCUCAUGACCAUAGGUGAGGGUGGGAACAUAGAUCGAUCGGUAAAUUGAGAGCUUUGCCUUCCGGCUCAACUCUCUCUUCACCACGACGGUCCGGUACAGCGACCGCAUUACUGCAGACGCUGCGCCGAUCCGCCUAUCGACCUCACGCUCCAACCUUCCCUCACUCGUGAACAAGACCCCGAGAUACUUGAACUCCUCCACCUGGGGCAGGACCUCAUUCCCAACCCGGAGGGAGCAAUCCACCCUUUUCCGACUGAGAACCAUGGCCUCGGAUUUGGAGGUGCUGAGUCUCAUCCCAGAAGCUUCACACUCAGAUGCAAACCGUCCCAGUAAACGCUGCAGGUCACAGCUCGAUGAGGCCAUCAGGACCACAUCGUCUGCAAAUAGCAGAGAUGAGAUCCUAGUGCCCCCGAACUGGACUCCCUCGACACCUUGGCUGCGCCUAGAAAUUCUGUCCAUGAAAAUUAUGAACAGAAUCGGUGACAAAGGGCAGCCUUGGCGGAGGCCAACGUUCACCGGAAACAGGCUUGACUUACUACUGGCAAUGCGAACCAGGCUCCUGCUCCGGUUGUACAAGGACUGAAUGGCACGUAGUAGCGCGCCACCAAUCCCAUACUCCCGGAGCACCCCCCACAGGACACCGCGAGGGACACGGUCGAAUGCCUUUUCCAGGUCCACAAAGCACUGAUAUAUAUAUAUAUAUAUAUUCAGUGCAAUAUCUAUUUAUAUAGCUUUGGAGUCCAGGGUCAUUUUUGUCCUUUUUGCGUCAUUUGGCCACUUGAGGGCACUGCUGGCUUACAUUUCCCCGUCUCCCUCUGCAAUGGAUGUUUACGAUCACUUUACAAAUGAGGCACAAAACAGAAUCAUAGUUAUUGAUCCUGAAUCUGGUAUCCAUGAAUGGCCCUCAAUUUGGACACCCCUGAGCCGCUGAGUGUUUUGUUGUUGUCGAAGCCCAAAAUGAGUCAUGUGGUGUCAAAGCAUGAAUUCUCCGUGCAUUACAAAUGAACCACUAAGCCCAAACCUGUCAAGUCUCUCGUUCUCCCCAUCUUUCCCGGCCUCCGUGUUUUCUGUUAUUAUAUAAUCAUUCUUAUUUAUUUUUUAACUUCCAUGAAAAAAGGUCAUGGAAUGUUCCAUAAUUUUACCUUAUUUUCCAGGGGAGUUUCCCGUACUUGCAAGUGCAAAUGUUGACAGGUAUGAUAAUGCGAUGCAGUAAAAACACUCCCAUCAGCUAGCGCUGGCUGCUAGCAUUAACAGUCGACUUCUUUCCUUUUGGGAAUAAAGAAAUCCAAAGAAAAAGCCCCCCCCCAAAAAAAUAAUUUUAAAAUCUUUUGAGGUUCCACAGUAUUCUUUUCUUUUUUGAUUGUGGCAAACACACACUCACACAAACAGACCACCAGCCAACAUGCAGCGGGUAAGAAUAAAGUGAGUGUCCCCGCUUAGUUGCGUCUAUUUUUAUACCGUCUGUAUUCCUGUAUCGCGUGUGUGUUUGUGUGGGGAAAAAAAACUGUAUUUUAGUGAUGCUCAACAUUUUAUGCAAAAGAAAUAUUUCCGACAUUUGUAAUAUUCUACAAAGCUGUUGUAGUUUUUGCCGCGUGCAGUCUGGUUUCAGCAAUAAGCGUUAUGGAUUCAUGACAACAUCCAGUGUUGCUUUGUGUGUGUGUGUGUGUGUGUGUGUGUGUGUGUGUAGCUGUACAGUACGUGCCUUGUCUACGCUCUUUGUGUUGUCCUCAUCAUGAAGUGUUCCGCAUCCGGUAUAUAAAUGCCAAAGACGUUUAUGGAGUGGACCAGUGCUUUAUUUAUUUCCUGGCGUGUCGUCGUUGGAUCGCGUCUCGUGUUCACGUGGUAGCCGUAGCUGCUGACUUUUACGAUAAGGAAUUCAAAAUCAGAAGGCAGUCGGGAAUGAGUCUUGGUCGUCGGGUUUCAAGCUGGAAGUGAGCCUCCACCAAUCAGGUCGUGUGACUGUUGAAUGUGACUGUUUUGUACAGUUAGAGACCGGAGAGCGUUGCGCUCGGGGGACACAUCUGUGAAGCGAACGCUCCUGUUGUCCGUGUGAAUGACGACUUCUGUCAAGGUGAUAAAGGCAAUAAAAGUCAUAAUCAAUAAAGAAAUACACAAACCUUU